GCUGUUGCUAGAAAUAGGACAGUUGCAUCACUACCACUAAGCAAUUUGCAUUCUGUGGACCAGCCCCUAAAUUCCUCCUGGCUCCUACGCCCUUUGGGCAUUGCAUUUCUGAACGCUUUUAGACAGAGUUCACAUUUGGCUGUCUGGUUUCACCAGGAACUCUACCCAAAAGAAGAAGGGGCAAGAAGAACAUCUGCUUUGUUUGCAAGAAAGUGGUUGAGCUACAAGCAAAUCUUCAGGCAUCUGAGGAAUUGUGAAGCUAGAUUUCAUAUGGUUGCUGACAGGGAGGGGCAGACAAGGACCUUCUUGUUUUCCUCAUCAUGGAUAAUCUGUUGCCUCAGUCUAGAUUCUCUUAUUUCAAAAAAUAUCCUCUCCAUGCAAUUAGAAAAUAUGUAUCGAUGCUGAGAAACCAGAGAGCAGAAGAACAGGUUGCACGUUUUCAAAAAAUUCCUAAUGGUGAAAAUGAGACAAUGAUUCCUGUAUUGACAUCAAAAAAAGCAAGUGAGUUACCAGUCAGCGAAGUUGCAAGCAUUCUCCAAGCUGAUCUUCAGAAUGGUCUAAACAAAUGUGAAGUAAGUCAUAGGCGAGCCUUCCAUGGCUGGAAUGAAUUUGAUAUCAGUGAAGAUGAGCCACUAUGGAAGAAGUAUAUUUCUCAGUUUAAAAAUCCCCUUAUUAUGCUGCUUCUGGCUUCGGCAGUCAUCAGUGUUUUAAUGCAUCAGUUUGAUGAUGCUGUCAGUAUCACUGUGGCAAUACUUAUUGUUGUUACAGUUGCCUUUGUUCAGGAAUAUCGUUCAGAAAAGUCUCUUGAAGAACUGAGUAAACUUAUGCCACCAGAAUGCCAUUGUGUGCGUGAAGGAAAAUUAGAACAUACACUUGCACGAGAUUUGGUUCCAGGUGAUACAGUUUGCCUUUCUGUUGGGGACAGAGUUCCUGCUGACUUACGCUUGUUUGAGGCUGUGGAUCUUUCCAUUGAUGAGUCCAGCUUGACAGGAGAGACAACGCCUUGUUCUAAGGUCACAGCUCCUCAGCUGGCUGCAACUAAUGGAGAUCUUGCAUCAAGAAGCAACAUUGCCUUCAUGGGAACACUGGUCAGAUGUGGCAAAGCAAAGGGUAUUGUCAUUGGAACAGGAGAAAAUUCUGAAUUUGGAGAGGUUUUUAAAAUGAUGCAAGCAGAAGAAGCACCGAAAACCCCUCUGCAGAAGAGCAUGGACCUCUUAGGAAAACAACUUUCCUUUUAUUCCUUUGGUAUAAUAGGUAUCAUCAUGUUGGUUGGCUGGUUACUAGGAAAAGAUAUCCUGGAAAUGUUUACUAUUAGUGUAAGCUUGGCUGUAGCAGCAAUUCCUGAAGGUCUUCCCAUUGUGGUCACAGUGACUCUAGCCCUUGGUGUUAUGAGAAUGGUGAAGAAAAGGGCCAUUGUGAAAAAACUGCCUAUAGUUGAAACUCUGGGCUGCUGUAAUGUCAUUUGCUCAGAUAAAACUGGAACACUGACGAAGAAUGAAAUGACUGUUACUCACAUAUUUACUUCAGAUGGUCUGCAUGCUGAGGUUACUGGAGUUGGCUAUAAUCCAUUUGGAGAAGUGAUUGUUGAUGGUGAUGUGGUUCAUGGAUUCUGUAACCCAGCUGUUAGUAGAAUUGUUGAGGCGGGCUGUGUGUGCAAUGAUGCUGUAAUUAGAAACAACACUCUAAUGGGGAAGCCAACAGAAGGAGCCUUAAUUGCUCUUGCAAUGAAGAUGGGCCUUGAUGGAGUUCAACAGGACUAUAUCAGAAAAGCUGAAUAUCCUUUUAGCUCUGAGCAAAAGUGGAUGGCUGUUAAGUGUGUACACAGAACACAGCAGGAUGGACCAGAAAUUUGUUUUAUGAAGGGUGCUUAUGAACAGGUGAACAAGUAUUGUACUACAUACCACAGCAAAGGGCAGACUUUGACACUCACCCAGCAGCAGAGAGAUCUGUACCAACAAGAGAAGGCACGAAUGGGCUCAGCAGGGCUCAGAGUUCUUGCUUUGGCUUCUGGACCUGAACUGGGACAGCUGACAUUUCUUGGCCUGGUGGGAAUCAUUGAUCCUCCUAGAACUGGUGUGAAAGAAGCUGUUACAACACUCAUCGCCUCAGGAGUAUCAAUAAAAAUGAUUACUGGAGACUCACAGGAGACUGCAGUUGCAAUCGCUAGUCGUCUGGGAUUGUGUUCCAAAACUUCUCAGUCAGUCUCAGGAGAAGAAAUAGAUGCAAUGGAUGUCCAGCAGCUUUCACAAAUACUACCAAAGGUUGCAGUAUUUUACAGAGCUAGUCCAAGACACAAGAUGAAAAUUAUUAAGUCUCUACAGAAGAAUGGGUCAGUUGUAGCCAUGACAGGAGAUGGAGUAAAUGAUGCAGUUGCUCUGAAGGCUGCAGACAUCGGAGUCGCAAUGGGUCAGACUGGCACGGAUGUUUGCAAGGAGGCAGCCGACAUGAUCCUGGUGGAUGAUGAUUUCCAAACCAUAAUGUCUGCAAUUGAAGAGGGUAAAGGGAUUUAUAACAACAUUAAAAAUUUUGUUAGAUUCCAACUGAGCACGAGUAUAGCAGCAUUAACUUUAAUCUCAUUGGCCACAUUAAUGAACUUUCCUAAUCCUCUCAAUGCCAUGCAGAUUUUGUGGAUCAAUAUUAUCAUGGAUGGACCUCCAGCUCAGAGCCUUGGAGUAGAACCAGUGGAUAAAGAUGUUAUCCGUAAACCUCCGCGCAACUGGAAGGAAAGCAUUUUGACCAAAAACCUGAUACUUAAAAUACUCGUUUCAUCAAUAAUCAUUGUUUGUGGGACUUUGUUUGUCUUCUGGCGGGAGCUACGAGACAAUGUGAUAACACCUCGAGACACAACAAUGACCUUCACAUGCUUUGUGUUUUUUGACAUGUUCAAUGCACUAAGUUCCAGAUCCCAGACCAAGUCUGUGUUUGAGAUUGGACUCUGCAGUAAUAAAAUGUUUUGCUACGCAGUUCUUGGAUCCAUCAUGGGACAGUUAUUAGUUAUUUACUUUCCUCCACUUCAGAAAGUUUUUCAGACUGAGAGCCUAAGUAUACUGGAUCUGCUGUUUCUUUUGGGUCUCACCUCAUCAGUGUGCAUAGUGGCGGAAAUUAUAAAGAAGGUUGAAAGAAGCAGGGAAAAGAUUCAGAAGCAUGUUAGUUCAACAUCGUCGUCUUUUCUUGAAGUAUGAUGCAUAUUGCAUUCUUUUAUUUGCAAACUAGGAAUUGCAGUUUGAGGAUCAUUUAGAAGGGCAAAUUCAAGAGGAUAAUGAAGAUUUGAGAACUUUUUAACUUUUCAUUGACUAAAAAUAAGCAUUAAUGCUAAAGACUUGAUUGAAGACUUUAACCUGCUGACAGUCCCAAAUGAAAUUAUGCAACUUUGAUAACAAAUUUCUUGAUUUAAAUUGGCUUUUGAGAUUGAGGGGAACUUUAUAAACCGUAUGGGCAUUUAUUUAAUUAAAAAAAAAAAAAAAAAAGGCAAAACCUAAA